AGCACGGCGACACAUCAGGGGACAUUAGUGGAAUGGCCACGCUGUGUCGCACUUGUGGCCAGCAGGCGGAGCACUCCAAGGCACUCUUUGACAAGGAAGGCAACGACGCCCUUUGCAACAUCCACAAGUUGACCGGGAUUUGGUUCGGUGACCACCCCGGAGUGCCCACAAAGAUCUGCUUAUCCUGCCUGCUGGACUUGAACGAUGCGGUCGCCUUCCGCGAACGCUGCAUCAAGACGAACAUUUCUUGGUUCGAGGAUCAGGAUAAACCAGAUGAUUCGAGCACAGACACUGCCGAUGAGAAGGAAACUAUCAAAAAGAAGCCUAGGAUUGUAAUAGUACCGUACCCCAAAAAUGUUGUGCCUGUUGUUUUGCCCUACAAGGGCCUAAUGCAGGGGACGGUUCUACCACAACGCAGCAAGGAUCUGGUUAAGAUUCCAGCCAAGCCUUUAGAUGGCCCCGCUGCUGAGCCUGUGGAUCCCCUGAGGUGCGAGGACCCUAUCUACGUGAAGAACGAGCCCCUUUCUGAUGAGGAGCCUGAGGAUUGCAAAAAACAAAAGCUCAAGGAGUUCGACGAAGAUGAGGGGGAGAUACAGGAAGAGCGGUUGGAGGACGAAGAAGGUGAGGCUCAGGGAGAUCACGAUUCGAGUACAGGGUCCACUUUCCAACUUCGCGUCAGAGAAAAAAAUCCUCUAGGGAAAUCUAAAGACAGUACCAUAAUCUUGUCCAAGAAUACCAAAUACCAAGAGAACACCAUUCCAAAUGCUGUAAAAGGGAAGCGAAAGCGGUACAAAGGCACUAAAAUCUUCAUUUGUGACCACUGCGGAAAGAAAUUCAAGGACACCGGAAACCUCAACAUGCACCUGUUGCGACACACUGGCGUUAAGCCUUUUGAAUGUCCAGAAUGCGGACAAAAGGAGCUCAAUAAGUACAUCCUGAAUAUUCACAUCCGGGUGAAGCACCGCGGAGAAAAGCCCUACCCCUGUAAAUAUUGCGACACACAUUUCGAAAGCACCACCAAGCGAAUUCGCCACGUAAGGAGGACCCACGAAAGCAAGAGGAUAAAACCUUAUAAGUGCUCUUACUGUGACAAAAGGUUCGAUCUCAAAUCUAUAAGGACGAAGCACGAGAUGGUGCACACCGGAGAACGUAACUUUCCUUGUGAAAUAUGUAACUUCUCCUUCAUCACCAAAAGAAACCGGAACCUCCACUUUCAAACAAAAAAUCACAAAAGAAAAGAGUUGGAAGCAAAAAGUAAAUCCAAAAACAAGGUGUCAACUAAAUAAAUUAUAUAAAUUUUGUUGCCAGGUUUAUAAAAACCUUUUAAUAAACAAAAAACUGUACAAAAAAGUGGUCAGAAAAUUCAAAAACGUAAUUGUACAAAGUUGUUUUGAAAAUGCUAAAAAUAUUACCCAUUAAA